AUGUAUUCCAUGUCGAGAAGCGCGAGGGAUGCCAUGAAUUCUCAUGAAACGCACGUCUCGCCGUUGAAGAUUACGAAUCUACCGCCGGCGGGGAAUCUAGAUUGGGUGAAAACCGAGCUCAAACAUUCAACCUGUUAAGAGGAAGUUAGAAGAGCUUUUGCACAGCUGGGCAUGCUACUGGCAAAUGUGAAAAGGACGUGUCUGCUAUUGACGGCGAUCUACGUUUUACUCGAUGUUAAGAGCGUCGUUGACGCGGAGACCUUCCUAUUAGGCUAUAUCACUGGUUCGAAACGACGUCUAGAGGACUUGGAGUAUCAGCGUCCCGGCUUCCGAAUAUCUGGCGCUAUCACUUUGGCCGUAGAGGAGGUAAAUGCUGGCGAGCUUGGCAAACGAGGGCACAAUUUGGAAUUUUUUAUUGCCGAAACAUAUGGUGACGAAGAAACAAGUAUUUUUCAAGUAGCAAAUUUAUGGAAAAAAAACAUUAGCGCUUACAUCGGUCCACAAGAGACCUGCAUUCACGAAGGCAGAAUGGCGGCUGCAUUUAACAUUCCAAUGAUCUCUUACUUUUGCACACAUCAUGAAACGUCGAAUAAAAAAGAAUUUCCCACAUUUGUAAGAACUCGACCGCCUGACACACAAAUAUCAAAAUCCGUUGUUUCGGUUUUAAUGGCAUUCAACUGGACAAAAGUAACGUUCAUGUACAUGAACUCCACAAUGUUCGAGUUCAAUAGAAUGUCUACAAUAGCGACAACAAUUCUAACGUCUUUCGAAGCGGCCGGCAUUACAGUGACAUAUCUGCGAUCUUGGAGCGAACCUUAUUACGUGCAUACGCAUAUGCAAAAUCCAUUUCAUAAGCAUGUUAGAGAUACAUAUCGACAAACUCGAAUUUACGUGAUUCUUGGGGACUAUUUCGAGCAUAUUGGUCUCUUGAUGGCUUUGGAUGAAAUGAAUCUCUUAAAAAAAGGCGAAUAUUGGGUCGUCGGCGUCGACAUUGAGCAAUAUGAUGAGAAGAGACCGGAUAAGUAUCUUCGUGGACUAUGGCAAAAGAAAAUGGAUCUAUCAAUCGUGAAUGCGUACCGUAGUUACUUCAGCAUCGUCGCGUCCGCUCCCAUCAACUUUAUGAAUUUUACUCUUCUCGUUAAUGAGCACAGACAGAAACCGCCAUUCAAUUUUACUAAUCCGUUGGCAAAAGUCGGAGGAGUAGUUCAGAUCGUACCGGAGACAGCGUACCUGUACGACGCAGUGCACCUUUAUACGAGAGCGUUGCUGCGCGCGCUCGACGAGAAUCGGGACCCUCAGAACGGCCGGGAGAUGGUGUCUGCUCUACACGGCAUACAUUACAAAAGCGCAAUGGGCUAUAUGGUGUAUAUGGAUGAGAAUGGAGAUGCCGAGGGUAAUUAUACACUGAUUGCAUUGGAUGAUCGAUCUACCAGGGGCUAUGGACUUUAUCCGAUAGGAUAUUUCGUCGGAAAAGAGCAAGACACAAAUUUGCCAAAACUUCACAUAACGAAAGAAAUAAAAUGGCUUGGAGAUGGACCACCGCUUGCAGAACCUGAUUGCGGAUACCACGGUGAAAAAUGCAAUUCUUACACCAGCGAAAUCGUGGGAGGUAUUGCUGGUACAUUGGUACUUAUUAUCGCAGCAGUUUUUCUAAUCCUUUAUAGGAACUGGAAAUAUGAGCAAGCGUUGGAUAGUUUGCUUUGGAAAGUGAACUAUAAAGACAUUCAGAUCAAAGAACAGAAACAGGAAGCGAUUGGAACCAACGAGAUGCCUGCCAAUUCCAAGCCACCAACAACGCAACCUAUAGUGCGAACUAGUCAAGUAUCGCUAAGUUCGAAUCCCGAUGCAGAUUUUCGAUAUUCCAUGAUUUAUACGCAAAUUGGAGUAUAUAAAGGACGAAUUUUUGCUGUUAAAAAAGUCAGGAAGAAAUCGAUUGAGAUUACACGAGAAAUGAAAAAAGAAUUGAAAAUGAUGCGCGAUUUAAGACAUGAUAAUCUAAAUGCAUUUAUCGGUGCAUGCACCGAUCCACCUAACAUAUGUAUUAUCAUUGAAUAUUGUGCACGUGGCAGUCUCAAGGACAUACUGGAAAAUGAAAAUAUUAAACUCGAUAAUAUGUUUUUGGCUUCGCUGAUUGGAGAUAUAAUUAGAGGCAUAAUUUAUCUUCACGAGUCAGUCAUAAAGUAUCACGGUUCUUUAAGCACUUCUAACUGUUUGGUGGACUCUCGAUGGGUCGUAAAACUGGCGGAUUUUGGUCUUCAUGAAUUCAAGCGAGAUGCGGAAUGCGAUCCUUCAGACGUAAUAAAAAAAUAUCACGGAUUGUUAUAUAAAGCGCCUGAAUUAUUACGCUCUACUCGCUAUCUCGAGCAACCAACUAUGCGAGACUUUCAAAGGGCUGAUGUCUACUCUUUUGCUAUAGUGCUAUACGAAUUGCAAGGAAGACAUGGACCAUUUGGCGUUACAGAAUUAUCAGCAGCAGAAAUAUUAAAAAAAAUAAUUGCGAGAGAUUCGGGAAUGCCACCGUUCAGACCACCACUGGAUCAAUUGGAGAAUACGUUCGAUUUUGUUCGUGACUGUUUAUUGGAAUGCUGGGCAGAGAGUCCCGAAUUACGUCCGGAUUUUAAGAUGAUACGAAACAAAUUAAGACCAUUACGAAAGGGCAUGAAAGCAAACAUCUUCGACAAUAUGAUGGGGAUGAUGGAAAAAUAUGCGAAUAAUCUUGAAGCACUAGUUGAUGAACGCACUGAUCAACUCACUGAAGAGAAGAAGAAAACAGACGCGUUAUUAUAUGAAAUGCUACCACGUUAUGUAGCCGAACAAUUAAAAAGGGGACAUAAAGUGGAAGCUGAAAGUUUCGACUGCGUUACGAUUUAUUUUUCGGACAUCGUCGGUUUCACAUCAAUGUCGUCAGAAAGCACGCCGUUAGAAGUGGUGAACUUUUUGAACGAUCUCUAUACAUGUUUUGAUUCGACGAUAGAAAAUUAUGAUGUUUACAAAGUUGAAACAAUUGGAGACGCUUACAUGGUGGUAAGCGGUUUGCCGAUAAGAAACGGUAUUCAACAUGCUGCUGAAAUUGCGAGCAUGUCAUUAUAUCUUUUAGACGCCAUUAAACAAUUUACAAUUAGACAUAGGCCACUUGACAAAUUGCAAUUAAGGAUAGGCAUACAUUCCGGUCCAGUAUGUGCUGGUGUUGUUGGACUUAAGAUGCCACGCUAUUGCCUCUUCGGCGAUACAGUGAACACAGCAUCAAGGAUGGAAUCCACGGGGUUACCCCUCAAAAUUCACUGCAGCAACGAGACGAAGCAAUUAUUGGACGAGCUAGAGGGAUUUAGUCUUGUCGAACGCGGUAUGAUUUCAUUGAAAGGCAAAGGCGAGCGUCUUACGUAUUGGCUAAUUGGAGAGGAUCCGAUUUUACGCAAUAAACGUAGCAAGGAAAGAGCUAGCAAGCGAAAUGGCGGUGGCAAGAAGAGCAGCGUGGUCGAUCCUUUGAUUCCUCGAAGUUCCUUGAAGAACAAGUCCCUCGUCAGAUCCACUUUCACAAGAUGCUCCAGCGAAUCGCCGAAACGUUUGCGAUUCGCCAGCUCGGACCAGCUUGAUCAUAAGAGCUCCAGGGUGAAUAGCCAACUGGAAUCGAUAGUCGACAACAGUCCUUGCAAGACAAAAGUCUCGUGCGCGUUACGAUCGUCCUGUAUGGAGAACUGGAGAUCCUCCAGCAAUUCGUGUCCCUGCGUGGAAAAGCUCUGCGAUCAGGAAGCUCGACCGGAACUGGUGGAACACGAAUUGCCGUCGGAUAUUAAAAACGUGCCGCUGCUCCGAACCAAUUUGAUCUUUGGUAACGAGUCGUGUCUUUUGCGAGCUGGAACCAAGAGCCUCCGCUUCGGCACACCUGGGAUACUCCAGAUCACUUGUAGAUCCGCGCCCAGCAGCCCCCGGCAUAGCACAACAGUUUUAAACGGUCAGAAAAGAGCGGUGCAAUCGAACGAGGAAAUCGAUGGAUGGGACGCAAUAACGCCGCUGAUCUAUCCGGAUAAUCGCUUGAAUUGAAAUGGUUAAGUCUGCGAGCGACCAUAGUAACGGAAUCAAUAUUUAGAAAGAUUCAUUUGCGCGUUAUAGACAAAUAUCUGUAUAGGGAUAACUUGACAAUCGAGAAUUCUGUGUGUAAAUGACAUUUACUUGUAUCAAUCAAUUGCCAAUAAUAACUUUGUGCCAGUUAGUAUUUCUCACCAUUUUCUCAUGAGAUUUCUCGCUUACAUCGCUAUACAUGACGUAUCAAAGCGUAUUGUGCAUAUAAACGAGGUUUACUUUAUACACGCAUAUGUGUACUAAUGCAUUAUUUAUAUCUAAUGCAGAAAGACAAUAGUACAUCAUAAUAGUAUGUAUAUCUACGUAUCUUUUGUUAGCAUAGACAAUCGUAAAAGGCUCGUGCUUCUUAAUUAAAUGUAAAUGUCUAGUCAAUGUUACUUUAAGCACUAUAUUCAUAUUCUGUCAAAUUAUUAUUAAAAGAAAAGGGAUUGAUGCUCCAAAUAUUACGCGUGAAUAUGUUUAUCCCAAGAAGCAACAGAGAAGAAGAGAAAAGCACGGGAAUAAUCAAGAUAUUAUUAAUAUCUUUAAACAUUUUUAAACAUCAAGUUUAUUAAUACGAUUAUUUUGUUUAAUAAUUAUUAUAUUAACUUUUAGAAGAGAAUCUAUUCUUAUUCUAUGCAUUUUAAUGUUCUUCUUGAAGAUAUGUUAUAUUUAAAAAAUAUAUUAAAAUGAAAAUUGUCUCCGCACAUUCAUAAAAAACGAACGAUAAUAACAAAGGUAAAAAUCGAUAUUUUAUUUUUACAAAAUCUAUUUUGUGCACUCUGUAUACUUUUAGCUCUUACAUUGUACAAGGACGUUAAUAAUAGAAAAUUAUGGGAUAAUUUAUUUUGAUAUCG